UUGUACGCUACACGCGGGUCCUUCAGUGUUUAGCUGCUGGUGCUCUUCUCGUGUUAGUAUUCCCGUCCCGGUAUCACCAACAGCAGCAUGCCUGCCGCGCUGCUACUCGUCCCAGAAGUAGCCGCCGUGUACGGUUGUGAGUGAGCGUUGUGCGUGCAUUGGUGCGUUGGUCGUGUGGAGGAAAUUCCUGAGCUCCGCGAUACCGCCAGGACCACACCAAUCGACCGACAAAACGACCCAUCUACCGACCUACCUUACCCGUGUUGAAACCCUGUACCGUGUGGCCUGUUGUGCAAAGAGAUGGUGUCCUAGGUAGUGCGGCCGCUGCCGUCUGAAUGCAGCUCAUAAUUGUGGAUGGCGAAGAUGAUGACACGUAUUUUGAAUGAGGGAAAUUCGAUUUUCAAGUCCAAGACUUGGUGAAACGACGGCAGUCAAUUGACUGCUUAGAAGCCGUCCUUCUAUCUCUAUAGCUAUAGGAGAAUCUUAUCUUGUCCCGCAGAUAACAUUCCCCCGUGCUGCGCUACGCCACGCGGAAAGGAGAACCAAAGAAAUGCGAGAGAAGAGAGAUAAUCAAAUCAUAUCUCUCAAACAGUAACACCAAUGGCUUUGCUAAUGCGCCAAUGCCACCGGGCAAGAUAUGCGCUAACACCGGGACACAACAUACGCCGCCGCGACAUACAUUGUUUAGCAGUGGAACAGUAGCGAGCACGUUGUUGGUUAUCACGCUCGCGAAACUCGCGGCACACACUUUACACCGACCGGAGUGGAAGGGUGUCUGUCCUUCGAGGGAACGGGCAAUCCCCUCCCAGCAUAUGCGUACGCAGCGACUGUCAGCUAGUUUCGCGACUGACGACGACGCCGCAGCAUGCUACGUUCAUUCGCGUUCGCAUCCCGUAGUGUAUUACUAUCGCAGUGAGCUGUGGCCGGAUUCCAGUUCAGUGGCGGCACACUUCAGAGUUCGACGGCGAGACCAUCCAUCUAUCACCGAGAGAUAUACACAUAACGUUGUUGGCUUGUUGGUUGGUUUGAAGCAUGGCUGGCUUCGCAACAUCAUCCCAGCAGGCCGCGCAGCAACAUCAGCAUCAGCAGCACCACCAACAGCAACACCCGGUGCGCUCCAAGUGGGGCGAUCUAGUCGACGCUGGCACCGGAAAUCCCCUCGAAACGGCAGCGGAAGUGUCGCAGGGGCUGAAACAUGUGGUCGGCUGGCUCAAACAGGCAUCCGUAGAGGUCCGAGAAGCGGGCAAACGGGCCGUCUCGCAGCUACAGAGCAACACACCGAACCUGCUGCACCUGCAUACCACUACGCUCAUCCGACAGCAUCACGUGCAUGAUCGGGAUACCGGCGGUGGAUGCACUAGUAGCAGCACCAGAGGAGGCAGCAGCAGCAACAACACCAUGGCAACCCACGAGGAUCAACUGACGCUGAUCCAUUACAACGAUGUGUAUAACAUUGACGCUAACAGCAAAACGGAACCGAUCGGUGGAGCGGCCCGUUUCUGCACUGCGGUUAAAUCGUUUGCCUCGCUCAAUCCGCUCGUCCUGUUUAGUGGCGAUGCCUUUUCGCCCAGUAUGCUUAGCACGUUCACCAAAGGCGAACAGAUGGUACCGGUGCUGAAUGCGAUCGGUACGCACUGUGCCGUGUUCGGGAAUCAUGAUUUCGAUCAUGGACUCGAUAUACUGACGGAUUGGGUGGAGAAAACCAACUUCCCCUGGCUGAUGUCUAACGUGGUUGAUAACGAGACCGGUCGGCCGCUCGGUGGCGGCAAGAUCACGCACAUUCUGCACCACGGUGAGGUAAAGGUGGGCCUGAUUGGGCUGGUGGAGAAGGAAUGGCUUGAUACGCUGCCGACGAUCGAUCCGAACGAAGUCACUUACAUUGACUUCAUUAAAGCCGGCAACCAGCUGGCCGAUGAGCUACACAAUCAGGGUUGUGAUGUGAUUAUAGCUUUAACGCAUAUGCGAACACCGAAUGAUAUUGAGCUGGCGAAACACAGCGGCCACAUUGAUCUCAUCCUAGGCGGACACGAUCACGUGUACGAGAUACUCAACAUUGAAGAUACUCACGUCAUCAAGUCGGGCACGGACUUUCGGCAGUUCUCCAAGAUUGGCGUCUGUCUGGCGCGCAACGAGAACGGCAAGCUCAACAUUAACGUAGAGAAGGUGGACAUCCAUUCGGGCAAGUACAGCGAAGAUGCGGCCUUGAAAGAGGAAUUGCGCAAGUACUCGGAAACGAUCGAGUCAAAGAUGGACGAGGUACUGGGUACGUUCGCGGUCGAGCUGGAAGGUCGUUUCUCGGCCAUCCGUACCUCUGAGACGAAUCUCGGUAACUGGAUCUGCGAUGUGGCACUCGCAGCGACCGGUGCCGACUGUGUGAUGAUCAACUCCGGCACGUUCCGAUCGGAUCAGAUUCAUCCGGCCGGUCCGUUCACGAUGCGUGAUCUGGUGAACAUCAUUCCGAUGCAGGAUCCGUUGAUAGUGCUCGAGGUGACCGGCAGCACACUGCACGAGGCGCUCGAAAACUCGGUCUCCACCUAUCCAAAGCUUGAGGGUCGGUUCCCACAGAUUGCCGGCAUGUCGUUUGCGUUCGAUCCCUCGAAACCACCGGGCAGGCGGGUCGAACCGAAGCUGGUGCGCGUCGGUGACGAGUGGUUGAACAUGGAGCAGAAGUAUACGCUAUGCAUCAAGAGCUACAUCUACGGGGGGUGCGAUGGGUACACGAUGUUUAAGGGUUGCCGGGUGCUGAUGGAUGACGAUGCCGCUCCGGAGCUCGGACUGGCGAUCCAGAAUCACUUCAAGGCGAUCGAUGUGCGGAUGGGCAAGGCACACCAUACGAAGCACCGUCAGUCGCUAGUCACACUGUCGCGCCGGCACAGUAUGGUGCAGAUGCUGGAGAACCUCGAGCUCGACGGUCCGACGCCGAUCCGGCGCAAGUCUUCCGUGACACCACCGAAGAUGGAGCACAUUAGCAACAAUCGGGGAAAGCUUCUCCGGCGUGCUUCAUUGGAUGAUCUGGAGCAGAACAGUUGUCAACUGGCACCCUCGAUCCAGCAUCGCAUUAUCGUAGUGCAGAACGAAGAUCACAUUCGCGAGAUGGUUCUGCGUCGGGAAACGAUCGAGAAGAACUCCGUCAUCAAGGAAACGGAUGAACUAACGCCAUAAGGAGGGAGUGCUGUGGUGUGCUGCUGAUGUGCGUAUGUAUAUAGCGAUGCCGGCCCGAUUAUUUCCCCAGCACACGCAUGAUGUCCCGAUGCUGUCGUCCGCUGUGGAUUGAUCAAAUUAGUUAACACAUCUAUGUAAUAGGGAUAUACACGUGGAAAUACCCAGUCUAUCGCGACCCCUUCCGCUGUUUGUUGUGCUUUGAAACCUGCCUCCAACCGAGAGAUUUUGUAUUUGUAAGGAGUUUUUCUUUUGUUUCGUUUGCCCAAAAGCGCUUCUGUUAUCGUUUCAUUCGUUUCAUUUCACACUGUACCCUACCCCAACAAACCAACGGAGGCAAAGACUAGAAUAUAAGAGUUGAUAAGAUGCGCUAGUGCUUUAGUGAGCAGUAUCGAAUCCGUCUUGAUCCGUGGUAGAGCCAACGACUAAGGUUAACAACACGCAGAGCCAUGAUAUCCUUCAAAAACCGGCCGGUCAGGCGAUAGCUUUAAACUGUGUUUAAUGUUGAAUUUAUGUUGGUUUUAACGCCGAAAUGCUGCUUGGCAGCUCGGUAGAAGGAAAGACAGAGGAUUGCGUAUAAAGGAGAAUAAUUAUGCAGCAUCUGCUGCUGCUGUUGCUUCUACUGUUAGCGGUCAAGUAGAGGAAAGAAAAAGAGGAUACGGAAUAGGCCAUUACUGCCGGUGGAAUUAGGUAGUUGUUUUUAACAAAAGGAUCCUAUAGUUACGUUUUGUUACGUUCUUGAACCAAGAUGUUAGACUGUGUACGCUCGCCAGCAAACGAUUAAAGGCAGCUGGCUAGAUGUAGGGCGUCCUCCUCCCGGGUUAUGUGGGGGAAGGUGUCGUCGAUAACUGUUUGAUGGCAGACAUAUAUACUCUAUAGGCGAGAAGCGAUAUUUUAACGAUGCACUAUACAUUUACGCCAACCACAA